AUUUUGCCGCACCCAUUCACCCGACGACCGUCUACUACGACACCAAGUAGUAGACACCACCCAACGAGAGAGCCAUUAUGUUGACCAACAUGACAAGUCACAGCGACACGAGUUCGCCGGUCCAUGGGGACGCGACGUCCGCGUCUGGCAAGGGCACGUGGACCAAGGACGAACACGAGCGCUUUCUCCAAGCCACGGAGCUGUUUCCGCAGGGCCCGUGGAAGAAAAUUGCCGAAAUGGUGCGCACGCGAACGAUUCGGCAGACGCAAACGCACGCCCAAAAGUACCGCGAAAAGCUGGCACGCCAUCACCGCGGUCUGCGCACGCGAUCGUUUGGACAAACCACGCAGCCGCCGCCGCCAUUGCCGACCGGCGGGAUGCACGCGUUGGGUGCCCCGAGGCAUCUGCCGACGCCGUCCACCAAAUCUGGUAGCAGGAAUCCCAUGCUGUUGCCGCCGAGUGGACCAAGCAACUCGUUUCACCACUCGCCCCACCACAACACAUCGUCGAGCCACCUCCGACCGACGCACCACCACAACCACCACUCGAUGGCAUGGGCGCCCCCCCAGCUGCCGCAGCUGCACUCCAACUACUCGCACGAGAACACGCCGUCGUACGCCAACAACUCGGGCCAUCCUCUGCCGUCCCAUUCGUACCACAACGUGUCGCCAUCGUCGUCCAACCUGAAACAAGAGCCACCGCUGAACGGAAACGGCCAAAACUUUUCCCAGUCGAUGCAGUACCUCAUGGACUUUUACGAGCCGGCGAAUGCGCCGCACCCGCACUUCCCCAUCGAGCACAGCACGAACCACACGUACACCGUGUACAACGAUCCCAUCGAUGUGUACCGGCGCCACAACUACCAAGGCGACGCAUAGGACGGCCGGGUUGCCGUGGACCACGUUAGGCUAAUAGAACUCCACCUCCUCCUGAUCCA